UCUCAUCUAAUUGACAUUUUAUUAUAUUCAAUUAAUUACUCACAAUAAUCAUAAUAAUACUCACAUUAAAAUAAAUGAAUUUUAAUUUGUUUUUUGUAGAUAAAAAAAAAAUAAAAUAAUUGAUAAUUAAAAAAAAAAGAGUGGCAAGUGAUGAAAAUUGGUGAUAGCAGCCAGAAAUAAUGAGAAGAUAAAUAAAAUAAAAAAAGUGUUUAGUUAUAACUCCGGGGUUUUGUCCACCGGUUUUACGAGUGUGCCGUGUGAUAGUGUACGUGUACUCUCCAUUCUUACAUUAGAGUAUUAUACACGAAUACGGGCACGAUUCAUCUACUCUCUUGCUCCCUCUUAGUUAGUCCUCGUGUCUCUCCCUUGGAUCCUAGUAUUUAAGUUAUAGUUAUUGUUUAGUCUUACUCGCUUGCACUCGCGUUACCAACACAAGCAGACUUUUUGUACGCGAGAGGGACACGUUUUCCAAUAAACACCAAAAAUUAACUAACCCGCGGACUUACAUUAAAUAAGUCGAAAAUAUUAUUUUGAUUGCAAUAAUAUUUGGAGCUGGAAUUAUAAUGGAGAUAUCUAAGGGUCUGCAGAAGGAAAUUGUUUUGGUACAAAAUAAAUUGAAGAACGCCAUUUGUGAUCAUCAGAUUUGCAUGGGGAAGCUCAAGGAUGACCCAAAUAAUGCAGAUAUACGUGGACAAAUACAGCAGAUUCAGCUCGACAUCGUUUCCCUCGGGCGAUGCCAGAAGCAAGUUGUCGAGCGAUUGCGCAAAGAAGUCGAGGGAUACCAGGCGCAGAAUGAUAAAGGCGUUAAACUUUCAGUAGCUUCGCUUUUGGGUUUAACUAAUAAUAACAAUAACAUAAACAAUAACAACCAUGCCAGCAGCAAUAACAACAAUCACUUCACGCCAAAUAAUGAUCAGGAUAAGGAUGAUGUUCUCCAGGUCAAGGUUCAAGCUAAUGGAUUAGCCAAACGUCGACGAUUAAAUAAGGAUAAUUUUAGGAAUGGAGUUAAUAAAAAAAUACGUGCCAAAGAAACUCCAGUAGAAACUUUAUCGAUAGACGAUGAUGUGAUAGAAUUAUCAAUUGAAGAAAAUGAUAGUAAUGAAAAAGAAGAAAAUAUAAUAAACGAAAAUGAUGUAAAGACGCCUGUUGAUAAAUCAGAGUUACAGCAGACUGAAUUUCUCGAUAAACUUGGUCUAAUAACAAUAUCUAACUUUGAUAAGUUACAAAGUAAAAAAGCCGAAAGAAAACGCAGAAGUCGCGCUAACCCCCAGUUUGUUUGUUCUACUUGGGAAUUACCGACGAAAAAAAAGAGGCACUCGUACUUACAAUCAGGGAACGCGCCUCAGACGAGGCAAACGACGGCGAGACUCAAUGGACCCUCGCCGCCUCCACCACCGCCAACGGCGACGUCAUCUGGCCAGAAAGUUCAAAAAUCUCAGUCGGUGACAAAGAGCGUAGCUGGUUCCCCGCCUCCCUCGCCAUCAUCUUCUUCCUCAUCGCAGUCGUCGAACUCAAAGUCACUUCUACCUGCUCAAAAGCCCUCGGGAAAGCCAAAUAUUCUUCGGAAUUUGAAUGAAACACUUGCUCAUGGUAGCUGCAACAAAACACUAGAAAAUGGUAGCAAAAGCCAAACAAUUACUUCUAAUUCCAACUCGGUUAAAAGUUCGCCGUCAAAGGUUAUGAAUAUACCCGGGUUGCCGUCGAGUCUCACUAUUGAGAAAAUAGAAAAUGAUGUUGUAUGCAUACAUUGUAGGAGUCCAGGAAUGUUAUCAACUUGUGAAAAUUGUUCAGCAAAUUAUCAUACCGCAUGUCACGUAAUUUUACCACCACCACAACGACAGUGCCCGAAAUGUUAUGAAAUGAAUCAAGAUAACGAAGUGACGAGUCCAGUUAUUAAAAAAUCCGAUGAAAUAGGUCCAGCACCGAUUGAAACAGGAGCUGCUGAGCAAGCAGGAGAAGACCCAGAAGUCAAUAAAGAGACUGGUGGAUUUCAUAAAAUUGAUGCAACAACCCCCAGCUUCAACUCAAACUUCGGGGUCCAGCAGCUGCCACCAUCAAUCCAGCUCAUCCCCAUCGGCUCGGGGCCGCUCUCCAGCACCAACAUCACCCAGUCCAACCACUCACUGUUCGCAGGUCCGCUCAACAUCUCCAACAACUUCAUCGGCGGGCCAUCGAACGAAAACGCCGUCACCUAUUCACCCGUCAUCAUCAACCAGUUCCCCUCGCAGCAGCCCUGCAUCGGGCCCUACAUGCAGCCGGACCCGCGACUCACUUACAACUACGGCGUCCCCAUUGUCAGUUCCUCAGACCACCACCAUCACCACCACCACCAUCAACAACACCAUCACCAUCAACAACAUCACCAGCACCAACAUCACCAACACCAGCAGCAGCAUCAGCAACAGCAACCACAUUCGUUUCUUAUCAUCAAAAAGCUAUCCGAUCCUUGUGUCGGUGGACUCGUCACCCGCUACCCAACCCAACCUCCGUGUCCAUCAACCAUCGGCUACAGUCUGCCAAUCUCCUCGGGACCAGCAAUCGUCAGUUAUGCAAACCAACAACCAGGCCAGCCUAUUAUCAACUACAGUAUCGGUACAAUUAAUCCAGGGGCAUCCGCAUCUCAACAACUUCUCACAAGUUCUACCUCAGGAAUUCCCAUUGCAUCACCCCAGGCCGGUGUUGCCAUCUACGACCAACGACUCACCGAGGGCCACCCAGGUAUAUUCUACGAGCAAUUCUCCGCGAAUCGGCUCAUCGCCGAGCCCCAGCGACCCAACCGGCAGCCCACUAGCCGCGCAGUGCCCAGACUCAACCGUAUCCCAGUGUUUGACUCGCAAAAUUCCAGCACUAAGAAUCCAAGUGCACCAGCUGGACCAACUAACCGAAAACGACGUAAGCAUUACGUACGUAAAAACCGAGACAAAAAGCAAAAAGGAUCAGUGGAGAGUGCCAGUGACAAGUGUGACAAGUUCAGGUCCACCAGCGAAGCCAGUGAUGUCUUGCGAGCAGGGACCGAGCCUGCCGAUAACCUCCCCGAUGAUCGUCAGCAAAGAGAUAUCGAUAUCCAGCCUGGGUCAAUUGUCGAGCGACUGUACCGGAGACUCGCUGAAGGCCAAGAGCCAGCCGACUCUCCGGCAAAGGGACUCUCCUCCGAGCGAGCUGACAGAGACGAGCACUUGAAAUUGGAAGAAGCGCAUUUAUCAGCGCCACUUGCAGCAAACUUAGUCUCGUCUCUGUCUAGCGACCGGCCGCACUCCUGCCCGACUGUCAAGGGGAGUCUCUACGGCGGGAGUCUUAAAGUCGACUCUAAUAACAAAGAGAACGAUAACAAGAACGAGAAUGAACAAGGGUGCAAGGUAGUCUCCAGACCCGGUCGCAGGAGUCUUGACUCCCUGCAAGCUGAUCUGACGAACACCUGUCGGCUCUGGACUCCCGUUCGCAAUCAGGAUAAUAUUAAUCAAGAGACUGACAAGGACUUCGAGCCGCCCUCUGCUGAAGACACUCUAACCGGUGAUGAAAAUGACGAUCCAGAGUCUGGAAGGCUGGAGAUCGAAUUAGCUGAUGAUGAGGAGGAGGAAGAAGCCUCAGACUCCCCGGAUAAUAUCGACGAAGAAGCUAUUGUCUCUUCUAUUGAUAUGACCGUGCUUGAAGAUUUUGAAUCUGCCAUGCGAGCUGAAGAAUACGGCAGUGUAUUAGAAUCUUAAUCUUAAGGCACUAAAUUAUUUUUAAGACUCGUGCCUCAGGAAAAAUUUAUAAUUAUUGGAGCUACUAUUUUUUAUUUAGUAGCGACUUCGCUCAUUUUUUUGUAGAGUAAUUUUUUAUUUUAUUGAUUAAUUGUUGAUAUUUUUUUUUCAAUAUUUCAUUUCACACUUAUACAUAUUGAUGUUCUUGUUAGUUUGUAUAUAUCGACCAAAGUUAAUUAAAGUAAUUAUCAGCGACAGCUCGCCAAAGAUACUCUGAUAAUCUAAUAGUUGUAAAUUGAUCAAUAAUUAACGGGAGAGCUGAUUUUAAUAAAUACGAAAAAAAUAAAUUAUUAAUGAAACACGCACAUAUCUUGUUAAUGUGUAAUAUAUGAUUAUUGAAUUUAUUUAUUUAAUUUUUUGAAAUAAAAAAAAAUAAAUGAGACGUAUGGUGAAAAUUACGCUGGUUGUAAUUAUACAGCGGAGCCAUAUAUUUACCAAUAUUGCCUUAAUAGUAAUUGAAUUCACUAUUCUGAUGAUUUUAUUAAAUUAGUGAUAAUAAAAUAUUUUUUAAUAAAUAGUUCGAUACUUUGUAAUUACAUUUAACAUUAAUGGUCGUUUAUUAUUAAAUAGUGAGGGAGCUUUUAAGUGAUAAUCAAACUAUAGAUAAUUACUCAAUAUUUUAUGUUAUGUCGUUGUUUAGUUUAAUU